AUGUCAGACAGUGUCAAUUCUGAAACGGUGACUUUAAAAGUGGGUGAUUUGGAACUCGAGGUUCCCAAAAGCAAGACGAUUUGUCCGGCUCAGCGGUGGCAUUUGAAUCCCUCUGAGUUCGCUCACAGGCUGAUUGUCGGUCAUGGGUUGAGCCACGGGGUUGCUGGAGAGCUUGAGAAGGAGAUAAGACGAGUUUCCGAUCAGCUGUACUUUGAGAAGUACGCUGAGGAUGAGGUUCUAGAGCAAUUUGAUAUGGACGAGCUUGACGAUCUUUUGGAAGACUUCGAGGAAUCGAGAAAAACGCCGAGUAAGCAGAAGAAAAAGAUCGAUAUCUUCGACCAGGGCCGAUACAACAUCAUGGAGAAACUCGUCAACUCCGAGGCGGUUACUCACGUGAUCGAGUUGGAACAACGGAUGCGGAAUCAGCGUAAAAUCAUCGUAAAGAAUCGAGGAAUUUCGAUCCAGAAGAUGAUUGAGCGGCAUCAAAAAGAACUCGGCGAGUCCUCUGUCGAUGCGACGAUAAAACGUCAUCUCGAUGAUCGGGAACGCAUUGAGUCGCACUUUCGGGAUGAAAUCCAGAUUCUAGAGCAGAAACAACGCGCCGAGUUCAUCUUUAAUGCCGAGCGAUUGAUCAAAGAAGCUGCUCGUGGAAAUUUGAAACCCAAAGAUGUUACAGAAGGCGACUGGGUCGAAGUACCAGAAAAUCACAUUCCUCCAAAUCAAGAGUCAUUCACUGUGAACCUGGGAAAUCAGCUGAAGCUCACGCAAAACUUGAGAUUAGUUCAAUGCAAUCUUGCAGAAGAAAUAAAACCGCCAAGGAAUUCAAAAACAGCAAGACUGGAGAGUUUGUUUAAUUUGUUUGCUGGAAGGCCUUCUGGGAUCGUUUUUCCUGUCACAAAUACCUCCAUCCGGUACAUCGAUGAGCAGUUCGACGAAGUCCGCCGAAGCUGCAUCGAAAACACGGAUUUUCUAUUCCCUUCUAUUGACGAACAGCUAAUCCUCGCUGCCGAUAAAGUUGACUCUUUCCCAGAGGAUUUUCCAAUCAUCACUCGUCACUCGAACCUUUCUGCCUCGGCUCACGUGUUGUUCCAUCUAUAUGUCGGAAAACUGCACACGGAAAAGUCGGUUGAAUCGAGACAUCCGACUUUUAAAGCACUCAGAUUGGCCAUAAAAGAAGCAUUCAAGGCGGAUUUGGCUUCGUUAAUGAUUCCCCUGCUUCUAACAAACACGAUGCAUGAAACUAUGACAGCUCCUUGGUGCCUUAGACGAGCGGAAAUUGUCAUGAAGUGCAUCAAAGGAUAUCUGAUCGAAUUCCCUCUUACUCGCUGCACGGUCCACUUCACCGUGCCGAUGGGCAUCGAUAGCGUCGUUUUCAAGCGCAUCAGAGACCUCAUCCCGGAAAAUUUCCGCCUAACAGUAGCCUUGAACAUCUAA